CGGCAGGAUGCCCAAAGCCAGAGGCCCACUCGAGGCUGGAAGUGUAGCCCUUGGUCCUGAGCCCCAGCAAGUGCUGGCAGUGCUGAGAGCUCUUAGCAGCCUGCCAUCCAGUGCAUGACAUCCCGCCCUAGGUUUAGCGAGAGGAGCUGGGCACAGAGGGCCUUGCUGCUGGGCAAUGGGGGAGCUGGGACUCGAGCCAGUCCUGCAGGGCCCGCGUCCUUCCGGGCCCAUGUCCUGCCCACUGCACACGUUACCGCCAGUGAGCAGGGUGCUGAUGAGGACCAAGGGACAGGAGUCAGCGAAGCUGCUUGGUUGUGGAUCCCAGGUGGGGGUGGCGACAGAGCCGCACACGGAGUCCCCUGAAGAGGUGCCCCCAGGGUGCAGCAGAGCUGCCCACCCUGCAGCCAGCAGAGCCCUCUGCCCCUAGGCUCUCCCUGCUGGGGGUCCGCCUGGUUCUGGCUGGCCUCUGGCAGCUGCUGCUUCCAGAGCUCCUGAUGGAGGCCCUGUGCUGGCAGGGUCUGCAGUUGUCCGGUGGCCAUGCCCCAAGGGGGCGGAGGCUGUGGACCCAGCAGCCCGAGAUGGGGCAGGGAGAGGGUUAGAGCACCCCAGCUCCUUUCCUGGACACCCAGACAUGUGAGGGUUUCUGGGCCCCAUCUCUGCCUUGCCCUGGGGUCUCCCCAACCUGCAGGCAGUGUGGGUGGGGUGGGCUCUGUGCGCCCCCCUGUGGCGAUAGGUGGGAAUUGGAAUUUGGCCUCGCCCUUGGUGUGCGGGGUAGGGGGCGGCGCAGCUGUGAGGGAGAACCAGCAAGGAGGGCCCCUGCUGCCUGGCCCCCUUCAGCCAGGUGAGUCAGCUCCACGGGGCUGCCUGUGCUCACGACUGUCUCCUCUGGCACCAAGGGGGGAGAGGGCUCUCUGUGAGGGACCCCAUGGAUGCUGACCCUGGGGAGCUCCUGUGGGCUCUCUGUCCUGCCCAGAAAAGCAGUCUGCAGCUGAAGCGUGCCUCUCUCCAGAGCUGGGACCAGGGCCAGGGCCAGAGUCCGGGCGGCUGGGUGUGGCAGUGUCACCUGAGCCGGCUCCUUCUCUUUGUAUCCUCCUGGGACCCACGCCUCCUGUCUCCCGCCCACGUCCCUGGAUAUUCCUCAGCAUUCAUGCUGGAUUCUGCCCUGUUCACUCUGGGAGUCGAUCCUGACCCCAGAUGACAACACCCAGAGCUAAAGGGGUGGAAUCGAGCCCGAGUGCUCAGGAACAUCUGAGAUGGAGAAACCAGCAGCAGCAUUUGUUUUGUCUUGGGCUUCACUGAAUUUUGGGAUCAGUUCAACUGCAGGAAGAGGCUGGCCGUUAAUGUUAGCUGUUGGCCGGGAGCUCAGCUGGGCGGCAAACCGGGGCGUCCACGUGGCGGCCUCCCUAUGCGGCUGCUUGGGCUUCCUUGUGGCCUCCUUCGAGUUUCUCUUCUUGUUUGGCGGUUGACUUCCAAGACACAGGAGGUGGUGGUGUCCAGGCCAGCUUGGGGCUGCUCCCAGACCUGGCCCAGCAACCCUCCUGCUGUAUUCUGUUGGCCACAGUGGUGACAAGGUCUGCUGAGGUUAAAGGGGGUGCUUCUCGAUGGGAUGUGGCAAGUCAUGCUGACCUGAAGAGGAGGAGAGGUCAGGACUGUCCCCAACUGACCUGAGACAGCAAAUAGUUCUCAGGCCUCUGGUACGUGGUCUCCAUGGCUUCUGACUGCAAGGUCUUCCUGGGCAAGAAGGACCACUUACUGAUGUCCACCAGUACCGUCAAGGCCAUCACGGGGGGCAACCUCAGCGUCCACAUGGAGUUUCCUCGGGCUGAUCGCUGUAACCAGGUGGACGCCGAGUACCUGAAAGUGGGCUCCGAGGGGCACUUCAGAGUCCCGGCCCUGGGCUACCUCGACGUGCGCAUCGUGGACACGGACUACAGCUCCUUCGCCGUGGUGUACAUCUACAAGGAGCUGGAGGGGGCGCUCAGCACCAUGGUGCAGCUCUACAGCCGGACCCAGGAGGCGAGCCCCCAGGCUGUGAAGGCCUUCCAGGACUUCUACCCGACCGUCGGGCUCCCGGAUGACAUGAUGGUUACGCUGCCCAAGUCAGGGCGAGCCAGAGCAGCAGUCUUGUCACCGGCGUCGUCCAGACCCACAACCCUCCCGGCCCCCAUGCCUUGGGCCACCCUCUCCUCCUUCCCAUCCCCCAUGGGUGUCUCCUGGCCUCUGCCUUCCACUCAAUAAACAGAUUCUGCAGCUGAAGCUCCUCCUGUUUGGAUGAGACCCUCUGGGAGGGCACAGUGGGCC